AUGAGCCUCUCGCGAGAUGCCCGUCCGGCUAGCGCCGCUGCGAGCACACUGCACGCUAUGACUCCCUUUGCUGUAGCCUGCGGAUCGGGCAUGAUUGCGACAAUAUGCAUCCAGCCUAUCGACACAGUCAAGGUGCGCAUGCAGCUUACAGACCGCAUCGCAGGAAAGCCAUCUCCAUGGGGCGUAGCAAAGGGCAUGGUGUCAGAGGGCGGGCUCAUGAACCUGUAUCAGGGCCUUUCUGCCGGCCUCAUGCGGCAGCUUGUAUACGGAACACUACGCCUGGGUCUGUUUACGACAUUUGAGCAGCAACUGGAGGCGCGAGCUCAGCGUAAUGGAUCGACUGUUGGCUUCCGAGAGCGUACCAUGGCGGGCUUGGGAGCAGGCGCUAUAGCUGCAUUCUUUGGGAAUCCGACAGAGGUUGUUCUGGUUCGUAUGCAGGCCGAUGGCAUGAAGCCGCUACAAGAUCAGCAGAGAUAUAAGUCGGCCAUUGAUGCGCUUCGAAAGAUGACACACGCAGAAGGCAUCUUGUCGCUGUGGAAGGGCUCCGGGCCAACCAUCAUACGAGCCAUGUCGACCAACUUUGGGCAGCUAGCAUUUUUUUCAGAAUCAAAGUUCCAGUUAAAGAAGAGAACAACAUUGGGCCCCAAGUCUAGAACAGCGGCUGCUGCUGGAAUCGCCGGGCUAGCCGGUGCACUCAUCAGCCAGCCGUUCGAUUUUGUCAAGACGAGGCUGCAAAACCAAGUAACAGCAUCAGGGAAGCCACCUACAUAUUCCAGCAUGCUAGACUGCUUCAUAAAAGUGGUUAGGCGAGAUGGCAUCAUACGGCUGUAUCGCGACAUUGGGCCGUACUUUUUACGCAUUGCGCCGCAUUCGUGA